AGUCGAUCUGUGCGAUAGAUUGAUAUAACGUUUCAAACAUGAUACGAAGUUUAUGCAUCUUUUCCACUUUGGCUGCAAUGGAAACCCUUCGGCCUUCAGAAUUUUACUACUUAUUUCUUUUGUAAUUAUAAUAUCAGUCUGCGAAUCUUCUGCAUUUCUCCAUCUUUACUUGAUCUCCACCUGUCAUUCUCAAUUUGUACACACUUUCUUCAAUUUACUCACUAUACGCGCGCACAAGUUGCAGCUGCUUUUCCCCACGACUUUCAUAAAGGAAUAUAUACGAUUGUUUCACGAUAAUUCAACUUCUCAGAUAACGAUACCUUGAUUUCAAAAUGGCGAUUGGAUUACUUCUCCCUAUUCGAAUUGCUCAAGCAGUAUUCGCUAUCGUCGUACUGGGAUUAUCUGGAUAUGGUAUGAAAAACAUUGAUAGCUAGCAUACCACGGGAUAACUACUAACAUAUCACAUAGUUUCCCACUGGUACAAUACCGAUACUUUGACAGCAUCUCCUUCUCAAAUCAACUUCUUGGUCUUCGUAUCUGUGUUUACCUUGCUCUCCAUUCUCUAUCUUGAAGUUGCACCCCGCUUCAUGUCAAAAGGUACCUUUUUCCCACUUUCAAGAGUUGAUAUGAGUAUUGAAUAUCAUUUUCUAACACUUACAAGCAUCUCACCCAUACAUUCAUCUCGCAGUCGAACUCCUCAACGUUCUUUUCUACUUCGCAGGCUUUAUCGCACUCUCCGUUUUCAUCGGCGGGCUUCUCUUCUGUCGUGGUUCUGUCUGUGGAGCAGCUCGUGCCGAUGCAGUUUUCGGUGCUUUCAGCUGGUUACUUUGGAUGGGAAGUAGUGCCAUUCUCGCAUUAGAGAUGUUCAAGGGAGGAAGAUCAAAGUCUUACCCAAAGCCAAAUAUGGCCAUGAAGGAGACGAUGAAUCCAGUAUAAGUAGAUAUGUGGUGGGUGUAUAAUCAAGAAGAUGCUAGGUUUGCUUCGAAGAUAUCUAGAAAAUGGUACUCGGACAUGAUGAGAAGUCUUGAUGACUUUGCUCUCUUUGAUAGGAACAUUUGGAUUGUGGAAUAGGGGUCGGCGGAAAGAAAAUGGCUGAGCACUGGGUAUCGGUAUCUUGGAGUUGGGAAUUAAAUAGACGGCAGCUUGGACCGGCUGGCUGUUCAUGUUUUACAAAUGCUCUCGCGAAAUAAAUAAUA